AUGACGAAACCCUUUAAAAACGAUUCGCGUAAAAAUAAUGCAAAAAAUGAGAAAAAUGUUCAUCAACGCGACACGACGCCCCCUCUACCCCCUCGGAUCACCCCCGCUUCGGGCGGCGGGUGGUGCGAGCGAGAUACUUGUAUAUACCGUAUGUGUUCACACGUUGCAUCUCCCGUUCAACUUCGGUAUCGAAAACUACCCGCUUUGCGCAGCUUCUUUUAUCUACAAAGAGUCCUAAGUGCUUUGCGAAGUACUCAAAUUUGGGCCUUAAUCGGAAUACAUUGGGCUUUAGAAUCGCUUGGCUUGAGAGAUGCAUGUUUAGUCUGUAGCAUGCUUCUGAAGUUUCGGACUCUUGCAACAGUGAGGACACACACACGGAAGCACUAA